AUGGGCGCUCUCGUUUGGGUAUGUGAAUCAGGAGGCGAUUGGGGAGGUGGACGGGGCGGUUGUUCCCGCGGGCGUGCAGUUGCCGGUAGCAGGCAACGGUUUGGAGCUUUCCAGUCCGCCAGGGGCCGCCUUCCUGCUCACAGCUGUCCAAUCAGGAGGCGACAAGCGGCAGUACCAGCACGUGCGAUGAGCCCAUGCUCUCAGGUCGAAAUGACACGCUCCGAGUUUGUUGCCCCUCCACUGGACCUUCUCAGGAGACUCAAGCUCAAACACUUCUGCUUCUUCUCACCAUCCCCUCUACUUCUUCUCACUCUGACCAGGAUGAUCCUGGAGUGCGAUGGAUGCCAGACACUAAGGCAAGGAGACUGCACCUCGUGCCCGGCGUGCAUAGACAACCCCUCCAUCACCAACCCCUACUCCUGUGAUCCCAUCCCAACCAUCGUCGAUGGCUCCCCCCUGAACGGAUCACUGUCCGCAGCAGCCUAUGACAACUCCUCCUCCUCCACAACUUUCACCAUGCUUCUGGCCAAGGCACAGCAGUACUGGGACCCUUCGCUGCUCACCUUUCCUGCCAACUUCACAGCACAAGUGUCCAACCAGUCGCAGGGAUUCGCAUGUGAUCCCCCCACCGCCCUCUCCCCUGCGGCGCUUGAGACGGUGGUGGGCGGCAAACAGACCAUGAACGCCAAAGCCUCUUACUUCGUGACAUGUGGCACAGUGGCGGGAAGCGGGCCUCUUCCAACCUGCUCCGUUUCAGCAUCUGCCUUCUUCAACUCGUCACUCGCCCCAAGCCCCUCAUGCGCCUGCGGCUGCUCCUCCUCCAACACCAGCCAGGGCGGCGGCCAAUGCGACGCCGCCACGUCAGCAAGCACGGACCCCGCUGCGACCGUGCUAUUGGGCGAGGAUCUGGCGGGGCUGGUGGUGCCGGGGCAGAGCGAGGGGAGCUGUGGCACCGGCUGUGGCAUUCAAGCACAUGUGACUGUAUCAGAUGCGGACGAAACAGGCUGGACCAUGCGCGUGACGCUCUGGAAUAGUGCGCCGCCCACCAUCAAGAACUGGACGGCAGUCUUGGCGUUUCCCCAGGGCUUUGCGGACAACCUCCAGGAAGCUUCCUCAGUGGUGGCUCGAUUCGACUCCCCACCAUACGCCGACAACCUAAUGAUUUCAGGAGAGCCCAGUGUGAACCAGUGGCUGCUGGGCGACGGAGGCAACGUGCAGUGGACCCUGCGCUUCAACCGCACGCCCAACACAGCCGGAUAUAAUGCCACGGGCGGGGACACUGUUGCUGUCAGCUCAUCUGUCUUCCCAUUGGCUGUGCUUGUGGACGGCCAACAGUGCCAGAUGCCAGCCUUCUUGCCGACUGCUAAGGGUGCCGGGAUAGGUGGGAGUGGGGGUGGGGCUUUAUGGUGGAGUGUGGCAGUGGCAGUGGCGGUGUGGGCGCUGCUGUGUUGA